AUGAACUCCCUUCGCACGCUCGCGCUUGCCGCAGUCGCUGGAGCUGGCGUCACUGCCGAGGCCAUGUACGACCGCGUUUCCAAUGGAGAAGUGAUCGAAAUGUUGCCUAGGGGCGAGGCCGAGGGCAUCUGCCCCGAACUUCCCAAUCUCUGCACUGCGCCAGCCAUGAUGUACGGCUACGCUACAACCGUCACCUACGUCUGCCCGGAGACCAGCAAAGUUCGCGAACCGUCCACGGUCCAUGUUACGAUCACCAAGACUACUACGGUGACGCCUACCAGCGCUGAGCCGACUCCGGUGUUGACCAGUGCUCCUAGCGUGGUCGCUCCCCCGGUUCAAUCUGAAGAACCGGAUUCCACGACUACGGUCCACACGACGAAGACCGAGUACUUGACCAUCACCCUUAUCGGUGCAACCCCUCUUCCUGAUGCCUCGACUAUCAGCGUCUCGGAUGAUCCUAUCGAUUCGACUCCCUCUGCUGCCCCUAUCACCAGCACCUUGACCGCUCCUGUCGGUUCGACUUCUUUCCCUGCAGCCCCAAUCACCAGCCACCCCUCAGUGACCACUUCGACUCUGCUGCUUCCUCAUCCCAUCGAUAGCGAGGAGCCUGCGUUCACGGUUCAAACCUCCGUUCCCCCAAGGGUCAACUGCACAUCACACUCCAGCUUCCCGUCCAUGUCGCUGCCCGUCAUCAACGGCACCACGACCGGCGUACUCUACUCUGCAUCAAUGACGAACUCCUCCCUCGUUCAUCCCACCCCUUUCUUCCCUAACGCGACUUCUGCUCACUCGCACCUCGCCCUUCCUACCCCGAACGUCGAGAACAGGGCGGCUGAGAACCAAAAGGUCAAGGGCGCUGCUCAGAAGCUCGGCACUUCUCUCGUGGCUCUCGCUAUCGGCGUGGUGGCAGUAGCCCUCGUUGCCUGA